AUGAGCAGCCAGAUUAUUCGUCGGAACUACCGCGCGACGCCCACGUUCCGCCCACACUCCCCGAGCGGCGGAGAUGCAGACUUCACGCCUGAGAGCCCCCGCCCACGCCGCGCACUGCACCGCCGUCAAGCACCGUGCGUUGCUUGCACUGAGAUCAGCAGAGAGCUUGAGAUUUCAGUUUCUCGCCGCGUGGAAUCGUUUAUCCCUCGACAACGCCCACUCGGCGGCACCGCCCGCCUGCCCUCCGCCCCUAAACCAGUAAGGAUCGAGGCACGGGACGCGGAGCCCACCCCUUCCCCGCGCGUUCGUGUCCCGAACGUGUUCCCAAGGACAGACAGAGUCCCGGCAUCGGCCAGGGUCGGUCCCGCGUCCCCGAGGCUGCGUCCGGCUGGAAGGACGCGGCGACCAAAACAAAGCCAGGCGGCGUCGCGAGCCACGAGGGAUCCCGGGCUCAUAGCAGACGCCCUCCGAAACCCGUCCCCGCGCGUCCUUAUACGGGGCCCACGAGGAAUGAACCAGAUCGGGAACCCGCCCACACCUGCAGGCCGGCCGCAACAGAUUCAGACCGCGACCCAACCUCCUUACAGCGACCGUCGGAACCCCCGUUGCGGCCGCGACGAAGACCCGAAUGACGCCGCAGUGCGUACCAACUGGAAAAGCCGAGGCACCGGCCGCGCGUGCCAUCCCAGGCCUCCUCCCGCCCGGACUGCCCACGCCUUGCCCUCCGCCUAA